AUGAACCAGACCAAAGACCUCCAGACGAAACACGAUCCCGUGUCUGGCUCGAUGUCUUCUUCAGAGAUUUCCAGGUCUUCUUGUUACACCAUCGAGCCGAUCCGCCCCCUUGCCGCGGUGUCCGAGACGUCCAAAAUGUGCAAAAUGUCUCCAACAAUAAGCACUCCUCCCACGACCACGCGGCCCCCUUCGCCCCCGCCAGUCGAAUAUCCUCCCACGGGCGCCAUCAGGGGCUGGCCGCCGAUGACUCCGUCGUACUCGCCCGCUCGGCCGUUUGCCUCAGAGUCGCCGUCGCGGUGCGCGGUGCUAGGCGCCGGCCGAAGCGCACAGAGACUGAACGAUUACUGCGCCGAACUCAAGACUCUGGUGCUGGACGACAACAGGAUGAGCGGCGGCAGCCAGAAUAUUGGCAAUGGUAUCGACGUCCUGGCCUCGGACGACCCUCUCUCUUCACACCCCGACCUCGCCGACCGUGGGGGCGUUGGCAAGCCGGAAGGCGACGACAGACUGGGAGCCAGCACCAAGAUCGGAACGGGUCCUGUCGACGGCGGUCAGACUCAUGAACACGGCCCUAUGGGGGCCGUCUUCAGGCGUUUGCCCCGCUUCGACCAGGCAUCGCGCCCCUUGGUGUCGGGCAACUGGCGGGCCAAGAGCGCCGCCGAGGCAUCCCGGCCUCAGCUGAUGACGGUCAACGGGGUACAGCUCUCUCCCGUGACCACGGGAGGCCAGGCGCAACAACAACAACAACAACAGCAGCAGCAGCAGCAGCAGCAGCAGCACCCUCGGCCUCUCUUUCUUGGCACCACGACUCGCAACCCCUUGACUGCCUCUGCCAACCUGGGCAUGGCGACGGGCUUUGGUCAGCCGAACCUGACUUCGCACCCUCCGCCGGCGCCCGUGUCAUUGUCGACGCCCGCUUCGAUGGGAUCCUUUGCGCGCGGCGGCGGUCAGGGCCAGGGACACGGGCAGGGACACGGGCAGGGACACGGGCAGGGACACCACUCAUCUGCGAGCAGCGGCACCCCGAGCAGCAGUUACUCCUCCUCCUCCUCCUCCUCCUCUUCCCCCUCCUCCUACUACUACUACCACCACCACAACAACAACAACUACCAGCACUCCUCUCCGGGGCCGGCGGCGGACGGAAGAGACGCCAUGACGACGACCUUUUCCGUGUCCCUCCCGAACGACGCGGUGGGCUACUGCUUCGUGCGGCCCGACGGCCGGCGCACGCGCCUGGUACCCGUCGACAUGCUGCCGUAUCCGCUGCAGGGCAUCCCGGCGCACGAAGCCGCCGGCGGCGAGCGGCUGGUCGCGCUGCCCGUGCCCGUCGGCGUUGGGGCGGACGGGCGGUCGAGCAACUGCCACCCCUUGAUGGCUGCUUCCCCCCCUGCCAGAAACAGUGGCGGUGAUGCGAUCCAGCACGCCAGUCUGACACCAUUAUUCUCAUCAUCACUAAUCCAUCAGACCACAACCCCCGGCACUGCGACGGCGACGACGACGGCGGCGACGUCCGCCAAGAGGAUGAAGGUCUACUGCGACAAGUGGGUGCACGAGGGUGUCUGCGCCUUCACCCAGCAGGGGUGCAAGUACAAGCACGAGAUGCCCAGCGACAGGGCCACUCAGCACCAGCUCGGCCUGUUCCUGGGGUACCCCGUCUGGUGGAAGCGCCGCCAGGCAGAGCUGGCCCGGGCCCAGUUUCCGGCUUCCGGUCCGGUUUCUGUUCCGGGACCCGGUUCGGGGCCGGGUUCGGGGCCGGGUUCGGGGCCGGGUUCGGGGCCGGGUUCGGGGCCGGGGCCAAUUCGGGACGGAGAGCGGCCUUGUUCGGCUUCUUCUUCCUUUUCUUCUUCUUCUUCUUCCUCCUCCUCAUCAUCACAAUCAUCAUCAUCCUCCUCCUCCUCCUCCUCCUCGUCCGCCGCCGUCGCCUCUUCUUCUCCCUCAUCGUCUUCUCCUUCACCUGCCGGAGGCGGGGGGCUGCCUGCCACGCGCUGGGGGAGCGGCAGCGGAUCGCUCCCGGCGAGGGAGAAGCUCCUCCUGCCACCAUCGUGGCGGACUCCCGCGUCCCCGGUCGACCAGCAGCAGCACCACCAGCACCAGCAGAAGUCCCCUCACCGCGCAUGCCCUGAGCAGGUCCUCCAGGGCCGCAACGGGCACGGGCUAUUCGCCAGCAGAACUUGGCAUCGAGAGGAAGAGCAGCGGCACCGCCCCCCGGGCCAGUUCAGCAACAACAACAACAACAGCAGCAACAACAGCAGCAGCAGCAAUAGCAGUAGCAGCAGUAGUUCGGCUUUCAAGGCAGCCUGCACCUUCGCAUUUCCGUCGGCCACCACCACCACCACCAACAACACUAACACCACCACCAACACCACCUCCAUUAACAACAAGACAACGUCCUGCAGCGCCGGCGCCGCACACACGACCCCGACAUCCCCCUACGGUCCCAUCGCGCCGCCGCCGCCGCCGCCGCCGCAGCCGCUGCCCUCUGCGCGCCCAAAUGGAAACGACAAGGACGACAAGGACGACGAGGAAAACAACAGGGCGGGCGGCCCGCCCCGACAACGUUCGCCUUUGACGGGAGCGAACGCACAGGCGGGAGGCCAGGACCGGUGA